CCGCCGCGGUGCUGAGGCGGAGCUGCCGUGCGCGUCCCCCGCGGUCCCGCCCAGCGCCGGGCUCGGUCAGCAUGGAUUCCUGGUUCAUUCUUGUUCUGUUUGGCAGUAGUCUAAUACACGUCAGUGCCAACAAUGCUACUACAGUUUCACCUUCUUUAGAAAUUACAAGAUUAAUUAAAACAUCAACAACAGAAUCAAUUAAGGAGGAGAAUAAAACUUCAAAUCCAACCUCUUCAGUAAUUUCUCUUUCUGUGGCACCAACAUUCAGCCCCAGUCUAACUCUGGAACCCACCUAUGUAACUACUGUCAAUUCUUCACACUCUGACAAUGGGACCAAGAGAGCAGCAAGCACGGAUUCUGGAGGCACUACUGUCUCACCCAAUGGAACAUGGCUUGAUAACGUAUUUACGGACUCCAGGACAGAACCCUGGGAGGGGAAUUCCAGCACGGCAGCAACCACUCCAGAGACCUUCCCUCCUGCAGGUAAUUCUGACUCAAAAGACAGGAGAGAUGAGACACCAAUUAUUGCGGUGAUGGUGGCCCUGUCCUCUCUGCUAGUAAUCGUUUUUAUUAUCAUAGUUCUGUACAUGUUAAGGUUUAAGAAAUACAAGCAAGCUGGGAGCCAUUCCAAUUCUUUCCGACUGUCAAAUGGCCGCACAGAAGAUGUGGAGCCCCAGAGUGUACCACUUUUGGCCAGGUCCCCAAGCACCAACAGAAAGUACCCACCACUGCCUGUGGACAAGCUGGAAGAGGAGAUUAACCGAAGAAUGGCUGAUGACAAUAAGCUCUUCAGAGAGGAAUUCAACGCUCUCCCUGCUUGUCCUAUCCAGGCCACCUGUGAGGCAGCCUCCAAGGAGGAAAACAAGGAAAAAAAUCGAUACGUAAACAUCCUGCCUUAUGACCACUCUAGAGUACACCUGACACCAGUUGAAGGGGUUCCAGAUUCUGAUUACAUCAAUGCUUCAUUCAUUAAUGGCUACCAAGAAAAGAACAAAUUCAUUGCUGCACAAGGACCAAAAGAAGAAACGGUGAAUGAUUUCUGGAGAAUGAUCUGGGAACAAAACACAGCUACCAUCGUUAUGGUGACCAACCUGAAGGAGAGAAAGGAGUGUAAAUGUGCCCAAUACUGGCCAGACCAAGGCUGCUGGACCUAUGGGAAUGUCCGUGUGUCUGUUGAGGACGUGACUGUGCUUGUGGACUACACAGUACGGAAAUUCUGCAUUCAGCAGGUGGGCGACGUGACCAACAGAAAACCACAGCGCCUCAUCACUCAGUUCCAUUUUACCAGCUGGCCAGACUUUGGGGUGCCUUUCACCCCAAUUGGCAUGCUCAAGUUCCUCAAGAAGGUGAAAGCCUGUAACCCUCAGUAUGCAGGGGCUAUCGUGGUCCACUGCAGUGCAGGUGUAGGGCGCACUGGUACAUUUGUGGUCAUCGAUGCCAUGCUGGACAUGAUGCAUUCAGAGCGGAAAGUGGACGUCUAUGGUUUUGUGAGCCGGAUCCGGGCCCAGCGCUGCCAGAUGGUACAGACAGACAUGCAGUACGUCUUCAUAUACCAGGCCCUUCUGGAGCAUUAUCUGUAUGGGGAUACAGAACUGGAAGUGACUUCUCUGGACACCCACCUGCAAAAAAUUUAUAACAAGAUCCCAGGAACUAGCAACAAUGGAUUAGAAGAGGAGUUUAAGAAGUUAACUUCAAUCAAAAUCCAGAAUGACAAGAUGCGCACUGGAAACCUUCCAGCCAACAUGAAGAAGAACCGGGUUUUACAGAUCAUUCCAUAUGAAUUUAACAGAGUAAUCAUUCCAGUCAAACGCGGUGAAGAGAACACAGACUAUGUGAACGCAUCCUUCAUCGAUGGCUACCGGCAGAAAGACUCCUACAUUGCCAGCCAGGGCCCUCUUCUCCACACAAUUGAGGACUUUUGGCGAAUGAUCUGGGAAUGGAAGUCCUGCUCCAUCGUAAUGCUGACAGAACUGGAAGAGAGAGGCCAGGAGAAGUGUGCCCAGUACUGGCCAUCUGAUGGCCUGGUAUCCUAUGGAGACAUCACAGUUGAGCUGAAGAAGGAGGAGGAGUGUGAGAGCUACACUGUCCGAGACCUCCUAGUCACCAACACCAGGGAGAACAAGAGUCGACAGAUCCGACAGUUCCACUUCCAUGGCUGGCCUGAGGUGGGCAUCCCCAGUGACGGGAAGGGCAUGAUCAACAUCAUUGCAGCCGUGCAGAAGCAGCAGCAGCAGUCCGGGAACCAUCCCAUCACCGUGCACUGCAGCGCCGGGGCAGGACGGACAGGGACCUUUUGUGCCUUGAGCACAGUCCUGGAGCGUGUGAAAGCUGAAGGAAUUUUGGAUGUCUUCCAAACUGUCAAGAGCCUGCGGCUACAGAGACCACACAUGGUCCAGACACUGGAACAGUAUGAAUUCUGCUACAAGGUGGUGCAAGAGUACAUCGAUGCCUUCUCAGACUAUGCCAACUUCAAGUAACAGAUCGCCACACCUAGGAAGAUCUGAGGCGGGGAAGCAUUUGUCUGAUGACCUUAAAAUCCAGCAGCAGCUUCACAUAUGUUCACGGAAGUGGAUGUUGUGAGAGGGGUUUGAGUAGCAGCCUGCACCUCCUGUUUCAAGAUGUCACUGCACCAUGGCUUGGUUGGCACACAAGCCUAGCACUCAGGAGACGGAUUCAGGAGUAUUACCACAAGUUCAAGACCAGCUUGGGCUAAGUUGCAACUAUAAGGCCAUCAAGUAGGACCCUGUUUAGGUUUUUAUUUGUUUUCAAGAUGUCACUGGAUUUGACACCAGAGGAAAUGGCGCUCCUGGUCAUUAAAUCCUAGAGUCGUCCUGCAGCGACCCAACGACACCUCCCCCAUAAUCUACCCCAACAAUGCUAUCUAUUCCUGUCCUUGCCGCCUAGAAAUACUUCUGUCACCACUGCACACCAGUCCACAUCACCACAGGCCACUGGGACAGGGAGCAGAGAGCCUGCCCCCUCGUCCUCUAGCUGCAGCCAAUCAAAAUGUCUGCGCACUGCUCAUCCAUUUUAGGCCUAAUAUCUCUGUUCUCCGCACUUACACUUAGGAAACCCCCAAGAGAAGUGUGGGUGGGCGUGGCCAUCUGAGGACUUCAGCACUAACCAGGUUAGGGGGUGUCUAGGAAAUGUCUUGCAUCCAGAAAUGCUUUCUUGGCCCAGACUCAAAUUGUCUGAGGUGCCAGUUGGCUAGGGUGACCCUGAAAAAGAUGUGGUCUUUUGAUCACACACCUUUGAUCCCUGCACUUAGGAGGCAGUAGCAGGUGGACCUCUGUGAACCUGAUCUACAUUGUGAGCUCCAAGCCACCAGAGUAUGUAGUGAGGCUUCUCUCAAAGACGGGGAGGGAUGGGCUAUGUGUGGAAAUGCGGGCCUCCUGGCCUUCAGAGCAGCCCUGCAGGGGCCAGCUCCAUGCUAGAGUGGUGGUAGUACCCUCAAGGGCACAGCAGUGAUCUCAUGGCUGGCACCCUCAAGGAAAGCAAGACUCCAGCUCACCCCAGGACUCCAGAAUACCUUCUGGCAUCAAAUGGGCAGUAGGUCCCCUAAGCCUGAGAGUAAGACAGUGCUAUCUGGGACUCCUCCACCAGAACUGGGCCUGGAAGUUGACAGUGGGAUGUAGGCAGCCUUUGUUGUGAGAAAAUGUCAGCUACUGAAGCCAGCCCAGGCUACUCAUCGCCUUCCAAGUACUGUGGACAGACAGGACCAUGGCCUGUUAUUCUCUGCAGAAUUUGCUGUUGACGGUACUUGAAGAGACUCUAGCCCACUGGUUUUGGCUGGCUUUGUCCUUCCCCCUCCCCCAUUCCCUCCACCUAGCUAAAAAACCAUUAGAUUACAUCCCUAAAGCUAAGCCAUCAAGGUCUGUUCCCUUACCUGGACACUUUCUUAUGUCAGAUUCAUUCCCAAGGGUGAGUACCAGAGUCCAGCAAUCAAAAGCCU